UUCUCUCGGCAAUUCCAAAGCUUCCCAACUGUGAGAAAGUAAAAACCCACUUUGGUUUCAUCGAAACCCUCACAGGUCACAUAUAUAACCCAUACUUCACAUUCACAUCUGUGCUGUAUAUCGAGCCAUUUACUUUCUCCUCUUAAAACAUCCGUCUUCCAAGUUCAAAUCUUGUCAAACGCAGUUGCGGGCCAUUAUAAAAUUUUGCAAUUUGGAAGGAAAAAAAUAUGGCUGUGGCUGCAACUCCUAGCACACAUAUGGCAACAAUCAAUCCUUGCCUAUCUUCUUCUAACAAAGUAUUUAUGUCAAGCAUAGCUCGUUUCAAUACUGAGUCUAAGGAGGUGUCUUGGACUAGACUUAAGAGCUCCUCUCACAUCACAUCAAAGCUGCCAUUCUCACGUAGCCUGACUUCAGUGCCUGUAACAUAUAAAAGGGUUGUCACUAGGGCAAUGUCUGCACCAAAUGAGGACAAGCCUCUGCCUGGGUUGCCUAUUGAUUUAAGAGGUAAGAGAGCAUUUAUUGCUGGUGUAGCUGAUGACAAUGGAUAUGGUUGGGCAAUUGCAAAAUCUCUUGCUGCUGCAGGUGCUGAGAUUAUUGUUGGUACAUGGGUGCCUGCACUGAACAUAUUUGAAAGCAGUCUACGGCGUGGGAAAUUUGAUGAAUCACGCGUAUUGCCAGAUGGUUCAUUAAUGGAAAUUACCAAAGUUUAUCCAAUGGAUGCAGUUUUUGACAGUCCUGAGGAUGUUCCUGAAGAUGUAAAAACAAAUAAACGUUAUGCAGGGGCCUCAAAAUGGACCGUCCAGGAGCUUGUUGGAUCAGUAAAGCAGGAUUUUGGCAGCAUUGACAUCCUUGUGCAUUCACUUGCUAAUGGGCCAGAGGUUAGCAAGCCUCUUCUAGAGACAUCAAGGAAUGGAUAUCUUGCAGCCAUCUCUGCGUCAAGUUACUCAUAUGUCUCCUUACUGAAGCAUUUUGUUCCAAUAAUGAAUCCAGGUGGUUCUUCAAUUUCUCUUACCUACAUUGCCUCUGAAAGGAUCAUUCCAGGAUAUGGUGGAGGCAUGAGUUCAGCAAAGGCAGCUUUAGAAAGUGACACACGGGUGCUAGCUUUUGAGGCUGGAAGAAAACACAAAAUCAGAGUCAACACCAUUUCUGCAGGUCCAUUGAGAAGUCGCGCAGCAAAAGCAAUCGGCUUCAUCGAUAUGAUGAUUGAUUACUCGUUGGCAAAUGCACCUCUACAGAAGGAACUAUCUGCAGAGGAGGUGGGUAAUGCAGCUGCCUUCCUGGCUUCACCAUUGGCUUCAGCCAUUACUGGCGCAGUUGUGUAUGUUGACAAUGGUCUAAAUGCAAUGGGAGUUGGAGUUGACAGUCCAAUCUUUGCGAACCUUGACAUCCCAAAGGAUAACUGAAAAUUAGGUCCAAGUUCUUAAUUUUUCAUUAGUGAACACUCACAAAAUUUUCAAAAUAAAUGUUGUAACCUUUCCCCUUUUUUUCUUUUUUGUUUACUUGAUCUAUUAUGGUGAAUAGCCGACUUGAGUUCCCUUUUGACGAGAUAAUAACUCAUGUCCUUUUAAUAGGAGCUACUUUUUCUAAAAAAAAAUUAUAUCUGCACAGGUAUGCAUGCCUGUUAGGGAUUUAAA